UUCUCUGACACAGGCAGCAGAAAAGAACAUGUUAAAAUCACAAGUGAGUCCAAGCCAGGGUUCCUGGAGAGGCUUAGCGAGACUUCUGGAGGCAUGUUGAUGGGACUUGUGACAUUUCUUCUGUCUUUCUACCUUCUUUUUACCAAUGAAGGUCGAGCCUUAAAGACAGCCAAAUCUCUCGAUGAGGGGCUCUCUCUAGUGAUCCCUCUUGAUAGCAUCCACAGUGUGUCUCAGCAGAAUGAAGGGAGGUUGGUGCAUUUAGCUGGUGCUUUAAGUACAUCUAAGCCUUUGUUUGAUCCCAGCUAUGGGCUCUCCAUCCAGGCUGUCAAACUUAAGCGUAACGUGGAAAUGUACCAGUGGGUAGAGUAUGAAGAUUCGACGGAGUAUGAAGAGAAUGGUGAGAUUAAGAAAGAGACAAAGUAUUCCUACAAUACCGAGUGGAAAUCGGAAGUUGUGAACAGCAGAAACUUUGAUCGAGAAAUUGGACACAAAAACCCUAGUGCCAUGGCUGUGGAGUCUUUCACUGCUGUUUCUCCUAACGUCCAGGUUGGCAGCUUUGUUCUUUCCCAGGGUCUCGUGGAUAAAAUUGAUGACUUCAAGCAGCUGAGUUUGUCAAAUCUUGAGGAUCCACAUGCUGAUGUUACUCGAGGGGGAGAUUACUUUUACCACAGUGAGAACCCCAGACGGCCAGAAGUAGGAGACCUUCGUGUCUCGUUCUUCUACGCGGGUCUGAGUGGAGACGACCCUCACUUGGGCUCUGCUGAUAAGGUGACUGUGAUUGCUCGCCAGCGAGGAGAUCAGCUGGUUCCGUAUCAUACGAAGUCUGGAGAUGUCCUGCAGAUUCUGUACCCUGGGGAUCUCUCUGUGGAGGAAGUGUUUCAGAAAGAGCAUCAGAGUAACACCAUGAAGACCUGGGCCCUCCGUGCAGCAGGCUGGCUGUCAAUGUUUGUAGGCAUCAGCCUAAUGACUCGAAUCUUUUACACUUUAGUGGACUGGUUUCCUGUUGUGAGAGAGCUGGUUAACAUUGGAUUAAAAGCAUUUGCCUUGUGCGUAGCCACUUCGCUGUCGCUCCUGACCAUCUCCCUGGGCUGGCUCUUCUACCGCCCUCUCUGGGCUUUGCUGAUUGGGUUGCUCUCCGUAGUUCCGAUUGUGGUUGCAAAGUCUCGUGUGCCACCAAAGAAGCAGCAGUGA